GGCGAGGCUAGACUCCGGGCGGGGCGGCUCGGAGGCGUGAACAGCGCGGCAAGUCUCUCAGCCGCAGCUGCACCUGCACCUGAACCUUUCUCCCAGCAGCGCGGACGCUGACUGGAAAGGUGACGCUCGCUCGGCUCGUCAUGGCCUACCCGGGAUACGGAGGAGGGUUUGGAAAUUUUAGUGGUCAUAUGCCAGGAAUGCAGAUGCAAAUGGGACAGCCAGUGCCAGGUACAGGUCCAGACAUGCUCCUUGGGGGUUACCCUGGAUACCAGGCAUAUUCAGAUAGUUAUUCCUCAGCUGGUGACCCCAUGUGGACUUACUUCACUGCUGUUGCUGGACAGGAUGGUGAAGUGGAUGCUGAAGAACUUCAGAGGUGUUUGACACAGUCUGGAAUUAGUGGAACUUAUUCUCCCUUCAGUUUGGAAACUUGCAGAAUUAUGAUUGCCAUGUUGGAUAGAGAUUACACAGGGAAAAUGGGAUUUAAUGAAUUCAGAGAGCUCUGGGCAGCUCUUAAUGCCUGGAAGCAAAACUUUAUGACUAUUGAUCAAGACCGAAGUGGCACAGUGGAGCAUCAUGAAUUGAGUCAAGCCAUUGCUGUUAUGGGUUAUCGGUUGAGUCAUCAAACAUUAACUGCUAUUGUUAAACGUUAUAGCAAGAAUGGCAGAAUCUUCUUUGAUGAUUAUGUUGCUUGCUGUGUGAAGCUGCGAGCUUUGACAGAUUUCUUUAGGAGAAGAGACUACUUGCAGCAAGGGUUUGUGAAUUUCGUAUAUGAUGAUUUUUUGCAGGGCACUAUGGCAAUUUGAAUGUCUAGAAUUCAAAAUCUGAAGAAAUACUGUGAAUUCUUUUGCUUGGAAGAAAUGAACUGUCCUACUUUAAAACUUGGGGCUUUUGCAUGUUCUUCCUGCCUGUCAAAUCUCUUCCCUUUCUAUAUGUUUUCACUUUAGUGCACAAUUCAAAGCAAUAAAAGAAAUGUUUUUUGGUUUGGGAUAUUAUUGCUUUUGGAAAAGUUAUCAUUUUACAAAUAUCUGUAUACUGUCAUAAAAUAGUGUUAUAUGAUUAAUUGAUGUGAACAGUUCUUAGCCUUAAUUUUUAACAAUAUAAACCUAGAAGAAUAUACUUACAAGAUAGAUUGUAUAAGAAGCCAAAUUAUGAAAGCCUAGAUAAAACUAAUUUAUACUUAUCUGAAGGUUACAAAUUAUACUUUUAAACUUUGUUUUUAGUUGUUGGUGUUUGAGGGUCAUCUAGAAGGGAAAGUGCAUUUUGUGCCAUGUUUGUCAUAGGAUUUGUUCCUUGAUCACAUAAUGAGAGAACAGAAACUUAUGGGUCUUUGCCUGUGAAAAAGAAAAUUGUACUUUCUGAAAAUUUAUCCUAAGUCGAAUCUGUAGUGAAAUAAAACUACAGGAGGCAUUGUUUUUCCUUCUUUAUUUUUUGCUAUGUAUAUUUUUCUUCUAUAUAUUUUAUUGUCUUCUGUGAAAAAAAAAGUUCUUAAUAAACAUAGCCUUUUCUUUCUACACUGUACUUCAUUGUGAAGACAUAGAUAACCUAGAAUGUCAUCUUUCUCUAAAUUUGGAUUAUUUGGA